ACUCAACAUAACAAAAAUAAUGAAACACACUUAAUUGGAAUAAAUAGCAAGUUAGUGGGAUGAAGGAGUAUAUAAGUAGUUUUGAUUCUCUUUAACGUUCUGCUCUUCUUCCAUUACCCAUUUGCAUCUCCUCCACAAAUUUGAACCCCCAACCAAUCAUAUCUCCUUCAUUCAUUUCUCUAACGAACAACACACAAAACCCACAUUUCCAUUAAAUAAAUUCAACUACAAGUGGAAAACCAAAAAAAAAAAAAAAAAAAAAAAAGAAUCAAGGAGAGAGACCAAUCCUUUCAUUGCUCACCUUCAAUUGGUUUCUAAAUCGAAUAAUUUUGCAGAAAUGGCUGUAAUUAUUGAUCAGCACAUUGUAGGUAUUUUUGUAGUCUCUCUCCUAGGAUUUGUUCUUUUAUUUUCUCUUUUCCGUGAUGUUAAAUCUAAAAGCAAGAAUAAGGACCGUCAGAACUUCGCCGGAAUUCAAUCGGAAAUUGUACAGAAUUCAGAUGAUGGUGCAGGAAUUUCAGAUAAACCUGAAGUUAUAAUUGUUGGUGCUGGCGUUGCUGGUGCUGCUCUUGCGUAUACCCUUGGCAAGGAAGGUCGACGUGUUCAUGUGAUUGAAAGAGACUUGAGCGAACCGGACAGAAUUGUUGGUGAACUUCUACAGCCAGGAGGAUACUUGAAAUUGAUUGAAUUGGGCCUUGAGGACUGUGUUGGAAACAUUGAUGCUCAGAGGGUGAUUGGCUAUGGUCUUUUUAAAGAUGGGAAGAACAUAAGACUGUCUUAUCCCUUGGAACAGUUCCAUUCAGAUGUGGCUGGGAGGAGCUUUCACAAUGGACGUUUUAUUCAGAGGAUGAGAGAAAAGGCUUCUUCUCUUCCCAAUGUACGGAUGGAGCAGGGUACAGUCACAUCCUUGCUUGAGGAAAAUGGAAUAGUUAAGGGUGUUCACUAUAAGACUAAGAAUGGCGAGGAGUUGAAGGCUUAUGCACCUCUUACAAUUGUCUGUGAUGGUUGCUUUUCAAACUUGAGACGUUCUCUUUGUUCACCAAAGGUUGAUGUGCCAUCGCAUUUUGUGGGUUUGGUGCUUGAAAACUGUCAAUUGCCGUACGCGAAUCAUGGACAUGUAAUCUUAGCAGAUCCCUCACCUGUUUUGUUUUAUCCGAUUAGUAGUACAGAAGUCCGUUGUUUGGUUGACGUACCAGCUGGAGAUAAGUUGCCUUCUAUUGCUAAUGGCGAAAUGGCAAAGUAUUUGAAAACUGUGGUGGCUCCUCAGGUUCCUGCUGAAAUCAGAGAAGCCUUUAUAGCAGCAGUUGACAAGGGCAAUAUAAGAACAAUGCCUAAUAGAAGCAUGCCAGCUACUCCUCAGCCUACUCCUGGUGCGUUGCUUAUGGGUGAUGCUUUCAACAUGCGUCAUCCUUUAACCGGAGGUGGGAUGACAGUAGCAUUGUCAGACAUUGUUGUGCUUCGAGAUCUUCUGAAGCCUUUGAAGAAUUUAAAUGAUGCUGCCUCAUUAUGCAGUUAUUUGGAGUCUUUUUAUACCCUGCGCAAGCCUGUGGCAUCCACAAUCAACACUUUGGCAGGUGCUCUCUACAAGGUGUUUUGUGCCUCACCUGAUGAAGCCCAUAAAGAAAUGCGUGAGGCCUGCUUUGACUAUUUAAGUCUUGGAGGAGUAUUCUCAAAUGGCCCAAUAUCUUUACUCUCGGGUCUAAAUCCGAGGCCUCUGAGCUUAGUCGCUCACUUCUUUGCUGUGGCUGUAUACGGUGUUGGUCGCCUAAUGAUUCCUUUUCCUUCAAUAAAGCGUCUUUGGCUUGGCAUAAGAUUGAUAUCGGGUGCAGCAGGGAUUAUCUUCCCAAUAAUGAAAGCGGAGGGACUAAGGCAAAUGUUUUUCCCUGCAACUGUUCCUGCAUAUUAUAGGGUACUUCAUUGAAGCUCAUUAUUUGGUUAAUAAUAAUAAAGAUAGAUCACAAGUUUGAGAUUGCCAAAACGAGUAUACCACGGAUAUCAAGCUAGUAUCUUUUUUUUGGGUCUGCAUUUAUUUAGCUUAAAUAUCAUUGCAAUGUAUGUACUCUCAUUGAACAAGCUUCAUUUGAGACCUGUAUUUGUGUGCUUAUAAAUAACUUCGAAGAAACGCUAAUUUAUGUGA